GCUGAAUCCUGUUUAUUUUUCGUACUUUCUGUAAAAAUUUUCAAUGUUCGGUUACUCUUUAUACCACCCGCUUUACCACCUUUCCUUUCAAUCGCGCGAGAAAUCCGAUCGGCUGACGGGUGGACAUUUCGUCCAUUCAUUUAAUUGAAACCCCCUAUUGCGGUGUGUGUUUGUGUAUGUCAGAAGAUAAUUUUGUGACGUUGAUGCUCGUCCUUAUCGCAAGCUUCUAAGCGUUCUAAGCGUGCAUUUACGGAUUAUCUUCGAUUCCGAUGCACCGACAUACUGUAAAGGGCGACAAUGACAGCUGUUGCAACUCGUCCCCCUGUCCGGAACUCGCGUCGAGUCCAAAGUCUAUUGAAAAUUCAGCGACAGACACAAAAGAAUCUACGAUGGAAUGCGAAAACAAUGUCGACAACUUGCAGGAUGCCGCCGCAACUACCUUGCAAGAAUCAUCCACAGUAGAGAAUAUAGACUUUACAGUGAUUUACAACAAACAGAAGAUUAGUGUAAAUUUUCCUUUAGAUGGCACAGUUGCCGAAUUAAAGAAACAUUUGCAAAAAAUUAUCUCAGUACCACAAGCGAUGCAGAAAGUUAUGUUCAAAGGAUUAGCCAAAGACGAUCAGACUCUUAGAAACUUGGGAGUCACGAAAGGUGCCAAAGUCAUGAUAGUUGGAUCAAAGUUAGAUGACGUAUUGGCUGUGUCAAUCCCAACGAAACAAGACCUCAUUGAUGAGGCUGUUUCUUCGGUGAGCAAAGAACCUCUUUCACAACAAAAAGUUCAUAGAAAAGUUUUAGAUAAAGGUAUUCCGGAGGACGUGAUGCCAGGAAUACUAGAUAGCAAGGAACCUUUGCCUGAAUUCCCAUUAGCUGGAAUGUUAAACAAGUCUGGUGGAAAAGUCAGACUAACAUUUAAAUUAGAACAAGAUCAGCUUUGGAUCGGCACGAAAGAAAGAACAGACAAAAUACCUAUGAAUUCGAUAAAAGGUGUCCACAGUGAACCUAUUCACGAUCAUCCUGAAUAUCAUAUUAUGGCAAUACAAUUAGGCACUACGGAAGCAUCGAGAUAUUGGGUAUAUUGGGUCCCUGCGCAGUACAUAUCUGCUAUUAAGGACGCCAUUCUUGGCAAAUGGUGUUACUUCUGAUUGAUAAUCGCUGGAAAUUUUGAUUUCUGUAAAUUUCUUAAUCGGGUGUAAACUGAUACAAACACUGCUGUUACAUUGACAUAAAAACUGUCAGCUAGUCACACACAUUUCUAACAGUAAGUAAUAAUUUAUUUUGAGUUGCACUAUCGCGAAGAAUACCCAAUAAACGUAGUCUGUCCCGUUACAAAAACAAUUUAAGUGACUAGUCUUGAUUUAUUGGGGAAAAAAGAAUGUAAUCACUAUGCCAAAUGUUUUAUAUUUUCAUAGUCCAGAUUUAAGUGUAUACCCUGAAUUUUUUACAUUGCUGAAAGUAAGAUAGACAGAGAACUGUGAUUAGUGGAACUUCCAUAAUUAAUAAUGUGUUGUGA